AUGCGAGGUUUUACAAUAGACUGUAUACUUGAAAAUAAUUUAUCUUCAUCAACAACAACAACGAAUAAUUUAAAACGAAAAAUAUCUGAUAUAAAUGAAGAUAAUGAACAUCAAUUAAAUAAACGACAAACCAUUGAAGCACCGGAAAUUUUAUCACCAUCAUCUGUUGUACCACUUCCAUCAUCAACAAAUAACAAUGAAAAUUGUAAUAAUAAUAAAUUAUCAAGUAAUGAUGAAGAACGUGAUUCAUCAGGUGAACAACAUAGUUCAGAUGAUCGACCAAGAAAAGUACGACGUAGUCGAACAACAUUUUCAACAUAUCAAUUACAUCAAUUAGAACGUUCUUUUGAAAAAACACAAUAUCCUGAUGUAUUUACACGUGAAGAACUUGCUAUGAGACUUGAUUUAAGUGAAGCUCGUGUACAAGUUUGGUUUCAAAAUCGUCGUGCUAAAUGGCGUAAACGUGAAAAAGCACUUGGUCGUGAAAGUCCAAGUUUUAUAGCACCACAUGAUAUUGAAUCAUUUCGUCAUCAAAUGUCAACAUAUUUAUCUAAUGCUUUAACAGCAACUGUUGGUGCAAACAAUACCAAUAGUGAUCGUCCGUCACAAAUCGUACCACCACCACCACCACCUCCACCACCAACACAUUAUCUUCCAUUUUUAAUGGGUCAUAUUGAUGAAAAUCUUUUAGCACGAUUACCUUCAAAUCAACAUCCACAUUUAAAUUUACUUUAUCAUAAUAAUCAAGCUAUACCAUCAUCAACUUUAAAUCUUUCAUCUGUAUCUCCAUCAUCAAAUUCUUCAUCAUCUGAAUCUUAUUUAACAAAUCAAUUCGAUAGAUUUGAUCAUCAUCGGCGUGUUAAAUUAGAAAUUCAAGAUACAACUGCUUAA